AUUGCAUUAAUAUUGAAUGGUGACAAAUCUAAUGCUGAAAGUAACAAUUCCAAUAACACAUUUAUUACGUAUGAAGAUCCAGUUUUAAUUACACCAAGGUUAGAUAAGGAAGAGAAGAAGUCCGAAUUUAUUUUAGAGUUUUCAACUAUUUCAUCUAUUCCAAAAUUAUUGAAAUGA